AUGUUGGAAGAAAACCCCAUGGUUUCAAUGAAUAUAAAAAUUUGGAAAUUUUUUGCAAUUAUAUAUCCAACGUCGGAUAAAAUGUGGCGUCUCUACGCGAUUCAAUUCGCUACGAUAUUAUUGAAUUUUAUGCAAUUUAUGUUCCUGUUUGAAAUGUGGGGUAAUCUUGCCCCAUUUAUUCUGAACGUGUUCUAUGCAUCGGCUACAUUUGAUUGCCUGCUUCGUACUAAUGUCAUUAUUUACCAUCGUAAAAAGUUUGAGGCAUUUUUGUUGGAGUUUGACGCGAUGUAUAAGGAAAUCGAAGAAAGUGACGAUGACUACGCCAAGGCUAAAUUGAAAGAAUCAGCAGACUUUUGUAGGAAAUUUUCUUUUUUCAAUGUAUCGGCAUCGUUUCUAGAUCUUAUCGGUACAAUGUCACAUCCAAUUUUAACGGGAACAAGAACACAUCCGUUUGGCGUCGCUUUACCGGGCACUGAUUACACGGCAUCACCAUACUAUGAACUGUAUUACAUACUACAGCUACAUACUCCGAUAACUCUUAGCGUCCUGUACAUGGUUUUUGUUAGUUUCUUUGUGACAUUUGCUUCGUUUGGCAAAACCGCCCUGAAUAUUUUACAACAUCGUUUGAAGCUAAUUUUUGAAAAUUACGAAGACGAUGCAAUACGUCUGGAAGCUUUAAAACAAUGUGCCAGAUAUUAUGAUCGGGUGGCAAGAUUCGUCAAAGUGUUCGAUGAAAUGGUAACAUACGUUAUUCUUGGUGAGUUUUUGCUAUUCGGUGCAAUUAUAUGCUCGCUGCUAUUCUGCAUAAAUAUAAUUGAUACAAUGGCCCAAUUCGUUUCUAUAAUAAUGUAUGUCGGUACCAUGUUAUAUGUUUUAUUUGCCUGUUACUACAGUGCCAAUGAAAUGCUUGAAGAGAGCAUAAAAGUCUCCGAAGCAGCAUAUUCUAUACCGUGGUAUGAGGGUACUACACAAUUUCGCAAAACUCUUCUAUUGUUCAUACAAAGAACCCAGAAGCCAUUGUGUCUAACUGUUGGUAAUGUCUAUCCAAUGACGUUGCUUAUCUUUCAGUCAUUGUUGAAUAUGUCCUACUCUUACUUUACCAUGUUGCGCGGUUUAAAUAUCCAAUAAAGAGUUGCACUUUGGCUGCAAGG